CAGGAUGUGUGGAAGUUGAGGCCAGCAUCGACUCGGACAGGAAGGCCCGUUUAUGGAACCGGGAGGUCGGGGUGGGGGUGGGAACCCGCUCAAAGGGCAAACCCAAACCACGGUGAAGGUAAGGGCAAAAGAAGAGGUGGGCUUGUCAGUCACAUGGUGAGUUGGAGCGGUCCGGAGGGCCAGUGUUAAGGCUGAGGAGACAGAGUGGCCCAAGGUAUGUUGAAAGGGAGCUCUCAGGGGUCUCCCAAUGCCCUGGAGUGUGGCUCCAUCGACGCCCGCGCGCAGCGGAUCUCCAGCUCCAGGCGGGCGCGGACUAGAGCCCUUUGCCAUGAACCACUCAGCCCCAGGGAUUCCCCCACCACCCCGCCGUGUGAGGCUGAAGCCCUGGUUGGUGGCCCAGGUGAACAGCUGCCAGUACCCAGGGCUUCAGUGGGUCAACGGGGAAAAGAAACUCUUCUAUAUACCCUGGCGCCAUGCCACGAGGCAUGGUCCCAGCCAGGAUGGGGACAACACCAUCUUCAAGGCCUGGGCUAAAGAGACAGGGAAGUACACUGAAGGGGUGGAUGAGGCUGACCCAGCCAAGUGGAAGGCCAACCUGCGCUGUGCCCUUAACAAAAGCCGUGACUUCCAGCUGUUCUAUGAUGGCCCUCGGGACAUGCCACCUCAGCCGUACAAGAUCUACGAGGUCUGCUCCAACGGCCCUGCUCCCACAGAGAGCCAACCCACUGAUGAUUACGUUCUGGGAGAAGAGGAGGAGGAGGAAGAGGAAGAGCUCCAGAGAAUGCUACCAGGCCUGAGCAUCACAGAGCCUGCGCUACCUGGGCCUCCCAACGCACCCUAUUCCUUACCCAAAGAAGACACCAAGUGGCCACCUGCUCUCCAGCCACCUGUAGGGCUGGGUCCCCCUGUCCCAGACCCAAAUCUCCUGGCCCCUCCCUCUGGAAAUCCUGCUGGCUUCAGGCAGCUUCUCCCUGAGGUCCUGGAGCCUGGACCUCUGGCUUCCAGCCAGCCCCCUACAGAACCACUCUUGCCUGACCUGCUGAUCAGCCCCCACAUGUUGCCUUUGACGGACCUAGAGAUCAAGUUCCAGUACCGGGGACGCGCACCCCGGACCCUCACCAUCAGCAACCCACAAGGCUGCAGGCUCUUCUACAGCCAGCUAGAGGCUACCCAGGAGCAAGUGGAACUCUUUGGCCCUGUGACCCUGGAGCAAGUGCGCUUCCCUAGCCCAGAGGACAUCCCCAGUGACAAGCAGCGUUUCUAUACGAACCAGCUGCUAGAUGUCCUGGACCGUGGGCUCAUCCUGCAGCUGCAGGGCCAGGACCUGUACGCCAUCCGUCUGUGCCAGUGUAAGGUGUUCUGGAGUGGGCCCUGCGCCUUGGCCCAUGGCUCCUGCCCCAACCCCAUUCAGCGGGAAGUCAAGACGAAGCUCUUUAGCCUAGAGCAGUUUCUCAAUGAGCUCAUCCUGUUCCAGAAGGGCCAGACUAAUACCCCACCACCUUUUGAGAUCUUCUUUUGCUUUGGAGAAGAAUGGCCUGAUGUCAAACCCCGAGAGAAGAAGCUCAUUACUGUACAGGUGGUACCUGUUGCAGCCCGGUUGCUGCUGGAGAUGUUCUCAGGGGAGCUUUCUUGGUCGGCAGACAGCAUCCGACUGCAGAUCUCAAACCCGGAUCUCAAAGACCACAUGGUAGAGCAGUUUAAAGAGCUUCAUCACCUCUGGCAGUCCCAGCAGCAAUUGCAGCCCAUGGUCCAGGCCCCUCCUGUGGCAGGCCUCGAUGCAAGCCAGGGGCCCUGGCCCAUGCACCCAGUUGGCAUGCAAUAAUGAGGCUACAGAUAGUGGCUGCCUUGGACCUCCUGGGACAGCCACGUAGACUGAUAUAGCAAUGUGGUGGCCCCAGCAGGCCUGGCUGGCUACAGGGUUCUGAGUCUCUUGGAAGCAGAGUCGGGGUAACAAGAACAUAGAAGAGAGGCCUGAGGUUUCAUUUCCCCUAAACAUUUUCUAUUUGAGCACCACCUUCUGGUGAUUUCUCUAAUAUGCCUGGCUGGGAAGAAAUGAAGCCAGCAGCCCCAGUGGGAGGGAGGGAACAUCACUAGCCUGAGGCCUUUAGUACCACGGAGUCCAAUUACCCCAGGGUAGCCAACUUUUAAGGUUGCCCCAAUUCUUCUAGCAAAACCUGCCAAGGAGUGUUGUGGGGGCUUUCUGCAGAGAAUAACCCUGAUUUAGGGGUCCCCUAGUUUGAACCUUUCCCCUCAUCCUUAUGACAAGGAUUUCUCCAGGCACCCUCCUUCAGAGUCUGAGAUGCUGGGACAGAAAGUAGAAUUUAAUAUAUUUUUGGAUUAAUAAAUGUUAAAAACCAGGUCUGCCCAUUUAUUGACUGUUUCCAGUGCCAGUGGCUUCUGUUGUACUGGGCUAUUCAGUUGCCAGUCGCCUGGCCCCAGCACAGUUUGGCAGUGGUGCCUGGCACAGGAGUUGGGGAGGCCCUGCCUUCCUGUCAGUGAGUCAGCUGGGCCUUCACACUCACCUGGCUGGCUUUGCUUUCAAGGAGGACGCAGACUGAGACAAAUGUGGAAUUCUGAAUGUGUGCUGUCUAAAAACUGUCCAAACCUCCCCAGAAGAGAAUGACGAAAUAAUAGAAAAAGAAGAGAAUGAAGAAAUAGCCACACUUCAGGCCAUCAAAACCUGGGAUUUUUAAGGUUUAAUUUUUUUUUUUUUUUAGACCAGACUGGUCUUAAACUUGCAGUAUUAACCAAAGUUGUCUUUGAACUCCUGAUCCUCUCUUCUUGCCUCCGUCUCCUAAGUGCUGGGAUAAUAUAUUAGCCUAAGUGUAGUAGAGUGCUUGCUUAACAAUGCACAAGGCCAUAGGUUUGAUUCCCUGUAACAUACAUUCAAAACAAAAAAGGUUUAGCUGGGUGUGGUGGCUCAUGUCUGUAAUCUCAGCACAAGGGAGGCUAAAACAGGAAGCUUGGCAGUUCAAAGCCAGCCUAGAAUGGCAGCCUACAGUAAGAGCUGAACAUGUUUAAAAAACAAGUCUUGUCUUCUUGAAUGUGCUACUAAUAUUAGGCCAUUACAUGCAAAUCGGUGGCUCAUCACUGGAAACUGGCUCAGGAGCAAUAUUCUAGUCCAAAUAAUUGUUUUAUCUUUUUGGGGUUUUUUUGGGUGGGGGGGGAGUAUGGGGAAGGAGGUGGUGGUGGCGGUGGCAAGGUCUGCUAUGCAGCCCUGGCUGUCCUGCAGCUUGCCCUGUAGACCAGGCUGGUUUUGAACUCAGGAGAUAUAUCUGCCACUGCUUCCUGUGAUGGGGUUAAAGAUGUGUGGCAACAUGCCUGGGACAUUUAUCUUUUUAUGAUGGAAGACUUUACACAUUUGUGAGAAAGGAAAAAUAAUGGUAUGAAAGCCUCUGUCCCCGUUUUAAAGAUCAUCAUCUGAAUGCUAUCUUUCUCAUUGCAGCUCCUGUCCAGGCUCCCAACGGUGAUUAUUUUGAAGUAAAUACUAGAAAUAGCAUUUCAUGUAUAUUCUCCUAAAACCACUCCCCACUCCCCUGCCCUGGGGGAUGCUCAAAGGUUGUGAUCUACCACUGAGCUAAAAUCCCCAGCUACUAAAGAAAAAAACUGUCUUAUCAAGUAUCCACUUUAUGAGGCUCUUAGAGAUGAAUAAUGUGCUUCCAAGAUCCAACUUUGGAUUCCUAGCCCACGUUACAAAAAUAAAUAAAUAAAAUGAAAGGAAGGAAGGAAGGAAGGAAGGAAGGAAGGAAGGAAGAAGGAAGGAAAAGAGAGAAAAGAAAGAAAGGUCGGGCACUAAGGUAUAUGUUGUCAUUAGGAAGCAGAGCAAGGGAAUUCCUGAAUCUCACUGGUCCUGGCUGUAUGUUAUCUUGUCUCAGAGAAUUUAGGAGACUGCCCAACACUAGCCUCCACGUGUGUAUACACACAUUCACGUGAACACGUACCCAGCAGUCACACACAAUCUAGUGCUCGUAAGUUCAAGGCAGCCAGAGGACGUCUAUCUCCAUUAGUGGUGGGACAGCGCUGCUCCUGAUUACACCUGUUGUAUUUUGUAUGUCUGUUGUAUGGGUGACAUAGUUUGUAUGCUGCUGGAGUCCAGACCGUUGAUUGGAUUCAGGUUGCGAUUUUGACUACUGAUUAAUGAGUAUUUGAGUUUCCAACAUUCUUAAAAUAACACAGUGAGGGCCAGAGAAACGGCUCAGCCAGUAAAGACUCUUGCCAUCAAGCCUAAUGGUUCAAUCCCAGGAACCUGCAUAGUAGAACUGACCUGCUGUGACACACUCCCCUCCUCAUAUCAUCAUAAAUACAUGUAAUAAAAUAAUGCAAUGAAAAGCUAGUGCUUUUCUAUGUUUCGUAGGUACUGGUAAAAAUGCCAGGGAUACUUAGAAAUGUCUUACCAAUAGAGCAUACUCUCAAAUGUGACUUUUGUUAACCCGACAGGUAAAAAAUACUACCUCAUUCCUAUUCCCUCUCUUGAGCAAGGAUGAGCAGCUUUUCGAAUGGUUACAUGGUCUAUGUUGACUUUAAAAGUUAAGCGGAACUGGUGGGCCAGCUACAUAAGGCUCGCCAUGCAAGCCCCACCCUGAGUUUGACCUCUGGAAACCGCAGAUGCGUGUGUCCCCCAUAUCAUACACACACAAUAGCUUAAAAAGUAAAAACCAGGGUUGGAGAUGUACGCUCAGAUGUAGGAUGUGUGCUUCUGUGGGAAGCCUUGAGUGGCAGCGCCAGCUGUCAACAGUCAAUAAAAACAGCAGCAGAUGUGGGGCACACACAGAUGAACAGACUCCCGGCACCUUGGGAGGAUGACGAUGACAACUGGGUCAAAGUCAUUGCUAGCUAGCGAGACUGACUCAAAGCAGAAGCUGUCACCUUCCAAUAAACACUUUAGUUUUGGGAAAGCUUCUAAAAUAAGAACAUUCUUGCACACUUCACACUAUUUCUAACUAUAUAAUAUUAACUCCUUGCUUUGUUUGGAUUUUGUUUUGUUUUUCAGACAGGUUUUCUCUGUGUAGCACUUGGUGUUCUAGAACUCACUCUAUAAAUGACAAGGCUGGCCUCCCAAGAACUGGGAUUGAAGGUGUGAGCCACUACCUCCUAGCUAGGAUUUUGUUAUUUUUUUAACUCUCUCCCACUCUCUGGGACUCGGGAUUCCAUCCAAGAUCCUAUAUUUGGUUACGUUUUUACCUCCUGGUCUACGUGGAUUUAAUAGUAAAGGUCACAGAAAUGUCCCUCCUUUGGCUUCCAUUGUGUGCAUGUCUCUCCCUCCCAUGCAAAUGUGCACAGAACAGCCACGUCCUCAGCUUAUGUGCACUUGCACAUGUGUGUGACACACAGUUCACUCCCACUGAGGUAGGGUGGAAGGUGAGAUGCAGCAGGAGGGGCUUCCAACAGGAUGCAGAAUCAGCAGCUCCUUGUAACGCUUGCUUUCUGUCUGACCCAGUUCCCCACCGACACAGAGGCUCACGUAUUUAUGAACUAGCGCCUAGGCCAUCUGCUAGGCUUACUCCACAAUAAGCUCGUAACCCUUAUUAACCCAGUCACACUAUUCUAUGUCUGCCAUGAGCUGGUCACUUCUCAGUUUCAUAGUCCAACUUCCUCCACAUCUCAGUGGCUAAUCUCUCAGGCCUGACUCUUUCCAAGUUCCUAUCUCUCUGCUGGGUAUCCCACCUUACUAUCCUGCCUUGCUGUGGGCUGCUGAGCCCUUUAUGGAUCUCUUUACACAGUGAGCAAGAUUACUCCUACAAGAUACGUCGUUUUAAGCUCUCUGCUUAGACGCCUUUUAGGUUCCAUGAAAGCUGAUUUCAUAGGUGGAUCAGCCAAGUCAUUGCUGAACAGCGAGUAGUGAAGGGAAAUAAAAACACUGGUAAAAUUUUAAAAAUUGGUUUUAUUUUUUUCUUUUUUCUGGUUUUUUUUUUUUUUUUUUUUUUUGGUGCUGUUGAUUUAUUCAUAAGAUGGCUACACCACAGGACAGAACAGUGCCCUUGAAGGCAAUUAAUUUUCACACUUUUUUUUUUUUUUUAGCAAAAUACAGGUAGCCCUGUAAAUACAUUCCCUCCAGACUCUCACCCUCUUUUUUAUCCCUUCCCACCCCAUGUUUGUGGAUGAAUAAUUCACUAAAAGAGAGAGAGAGCAAGGUUUAAUCCAUAUUUGUCCUCUCCACCCACCAGUUUUGGCUUUUCUCCCCAAGGCUGAUGACAAAGGCCCAUGAACUGGAUUGGACUUAGCAACUCAAUAGGAUCAGGGUUGGGCUCUACAUUAAAAGCAACUUUGACCCUGGCUAGUCCGGACUAUCAUCCCUAACCAUGAUAUAAGCAGACCAGGCUCCUUGUCUGGACAUUUCUAAAGGUGAACAGUUGGGGGGGGGGGUGUUUCCUCUAUUCACCUGUGUUUAAAGGAAGGAGAGCAGAGGAGGUGACCCUACCUCUUUAAUUCCAACUGUAACUAUGUUACCUACUCGCAUCCCCGCGCUUCCCUAAGGUAAUGUGUCUGUCUCACUGUCGUGUCUCAGUGUGUGCACUGCAUGCUGGUGUGUGUCUAUCAUGUGUGUGCAUCAUCUGCUACCAGGUGCAUAUUUCAGUUCUGGUGUCAUCUCAGCUUUCCUUUUUAAAAAUUUUCUUUCUUUUUUUAACUUUUCUUAAAUUAUUUUUCCUUUUAGAAAGAAGUUCACCAGGAAACUAGUUCCCCUCCCACCACGUCGGACAGGCUCCAGCCAUCCUUAAAAACCGCGCUGUUUCUCCCUCACAUCCCAAACAGGGACUCCUUAGGAUGCCUUGGAGGGUGAAGUCUCUCCCUGUGUGGCGGGAUGGUCUGGUGGUAGUGAAGGCCCCUCUGCCACAACAGAGGUUUCUGAUUGUGGGACACAGUCUGGGUUGUUUUCUUCCUGUCUUCUAAUAAAAAAAGACAUUCCUGACAAAA